AUGAGAAAGUCCUUUAAUCCGUUUGAUGAAGAUGAGCCCGGGGGGUUUUCUUCUUCCUCUAAACCACCAAGUUGGCCCUACGCAGGAACCACAUCAUCUGGACAAAGCGAAGUGCAAUGUCAAAUUUCAGAUAGUCAGUCAAGAACAAAAGCUAGCCAACAACGUGCAUUGUCCAGUAUAUAUAAUUCAGAACAAAUUGGUGUUGCAGCAGCCCAAGAACUUAUUGAACAAGGAGAAAAAUUAAAUCGUGCUGAGCAGAAGCUUGAAGAAAUUAGUGAAUUGCAAAAAGAUAGUCAAAAGAAAAUUAAUACUUUAUCUAGUGUUUUCGGUGGAUUUAAAAACAUUUUUUCUCGAAGACAAUCACAACCUGUUCCUCAAAGCUCCUCGGUGGUGGACAAGACGUUGAAUAAUAGAAAUCAAAGUAAUCUGAGACAAUCAAUUCAGUGUGAAAAUUCAUGGGGCAAUCAGUACACAAGUACAUUGCAACAAAAAAUGAUUGAACCCAACAACACCUCGCAAUCUGCAGAUGUUGAGUUUGAGAACAAUUUAGCUCUAAUGGGCGAUGGCAUGUCUCGAUUAAAAAGUUUAGCUCAAGGUAUGCAUAAUGAAUUAAGAAGUCAAAAUGACCAACUUGAUCGAAUGGCGCCGCAAAUUCAUCGAGUCACUGAUACUAUGUCAAAUCAAAAUCGUCAAAUGAACAAACUUCUAGGAAUCCGACCAAAAUAA